UGACGUUGUAACUAAGCAACCAGCUAUUUAUUUACACACGCACGGAUGUAUACAUCAUUACAGUUGUGGCGAUUUCUGAUAAAAAGGAAUUUCCUAAGUAACUAAGCAACCAGUUAUUUGCACACACCCACACUUGUGUAUACACCAUUGCAGUUGUGACGACUUCAGAUAAAAAGGAAUUUCCUAAGAUAUAGAUGACAUGCUGACGACCUGAAAUAUAUAAAACAAAAUGAAGCUUUGUACAUCAACCCAUUCAAAGUCGUAACUAAAUUCCUGCACAAUGAAUUCCUUGACUCUAAGCGUACUCUUCCUGAUUAUUCAUGUUUCAUGUGGUGAAGCGGAAGAAUGUCACGUUUUAAGAAAGGGGAGUUGGUCAUGUGAAGGAAGCACUUUUGUUCCAAAAUUUCCGCCUGACACUAUAGCUGUAACAUUCACAGAUCUAAACAUUGACAAUUUGGACAAUGAAACCUUUCAAAAUUUGACAGAACUGCCCUUACUAGAACAUUUGUUAAUUAGGUCUACCUUCCUUAAGACAUCUACUAAUGAUGUAUUUACGUAUUUGAAGUAUAUACAAGAAUUCGUACUUAUUAAUGUUCAGUUACUUCUUCCGGAAUUAAGAAAUAUGCUGUUUGGUUUACCACUGACUACAAAAAAAUUAGUAUUAGCUGAAAUGCAACUGGAAAAUUUGAAUAAAGAUAUAUUUGAUGGUCUCAGAGGAACUAACGUCUCAAAUAUUUUCAUCAAUGAAUGUAAUAUGGUACAUUUUGAUGGCAGCUAUUUCAAUGGUAUAGAUAGAUUAGAUCAACUUGUUCUUUCAGGAGACGGUAUUACCUCAGUUACCAGUUGGGGAUAUCUUCCUAAUUUGACUUAUCUAGAUUUCUAUUAUAAUGAAAUUUCAAAUAUGCCAAAAUUUAAAAACGGGUCUGGAUUUAUAUUUUACCCAAAACUUGAAAAGUUAUUCAUAGGUUUAUCAUUUUAUGAUCAAUUAAACAGCAACUUUUUCAUAGGACUAGAGCACCUACAGACUUUGGGAAUCUAUGUUGGUGAUAACUUUUUUUUAAAAUCGAACGUUUUUCAGGAAUUGAAAUGUCUACGAGCACUAAGUUUACUAUCUCAUAAGCACCAUAUCUUAAGAUUUGAGCAAAACAUCUUCAAACUCAAAUUAUUGGAAUCGGUGGAGCUAAAUAACAUUCAUGUGGUUAUUAACGAAGGCAAACCGUCUGCGAUAUUUAAGUCAUGUCCACAACUAACAAAUUUGAUUCUGAAAAAUGUCAGUAACAUAUACCCCAACGAUUUACUGAAGCCAUUGACUAAACUAGAAAAUCUGAUGAUUACUGACGGGCAGUUUAGUAAAGUUCCAGAUGCGAUUUGUAAUAUGAAUAAUCUUACAGAACUUUCCAUUUGUUAUACAAAUGUUAGAAAAUGGAACAAACCGAAUUGCUCAGUUAUGAGAGUAUUGCAGAAACUUGAGUUAAAGCACAAUAAAAUUCGGUACGUUAAUCAAGAAUUAUUUUCCCAUUUACUAUUCAGCAACGAGAAACUGAAUAUUGAUCUCUCAAACAACCCGUUCGUUUGCGACUGCAAAGCACUCUGGUUUCGAGACUGGUCACGGGAAAAUGCAGGUAGAUUGAAGAAUUACAGAAAUUAUCGGUGCUUCAUUCCGGAUACAUUUCACCAUAUUUCUUUGGAAAAUUUUUCUCUAAACUGGGAUUACUGUGAAAAUAGAAAGAAAACGUCUUUUAUCGCUAUAUUUGGGGGAAUUAUAGCCGUACUGGUUGUCAUUUUUGUAUUUUUCGCAAUAUUAUCAUAUGAAAAACAAUGGUCUAUUGGUUUCUGUUUAUACCACUCAUUAGUAAGAAAGAGAAAAUACAAAACACUCGUUAAUGAAGUCCAAUAUAAGCAUGAUGCUCUUGUAUGUUACUGUAGUGCUGAUGUCAACUGGGUUGUGAAUAAAUUGUUACCCAUUAUCGAAGAAGAAAACCAUUUCAGUUUAUGUUUACAUGAGAGGGACGUUGUAGUUGGAAACGAUACUGUUGAUAAUAUCGUAGACAGCAUGCAACAAAGCCGUAAGGUUGUUUUAGUUUUGUCAAAUGAUUUUUCUCAGAGUAGCUGGUGCCAGUUUGAAGCAAGUAUUGCCCAGCAAAAAAUUUUAAAAGAUCAUUACGAUAUUAUUAUUCCUGUUUUGUUAAAUGAAAUUCCGUCGAAUUUACGAACGGAAAGUCUUGUUGAUUUAAUGAAUCAAAAAACGUUCUUGAAAUGGCCGAAUGAAAGUAAAUACGAAUAAAUAUUUUGGGAGCAAUUUAUAAGACAGCUGAACGAAAAUGAAACCGAUAAUGAGGUUUAGAACUGAAGUGUAAUGACUUCAUUCGAAAAGAGACAAACAAAUGCAUCAGCACACAUUCAAAUAGAGAAAAGCUCGGAAAGAAAACAAAACUGAAUAUAUUUUAUUUAGAUGUUGUUAUGAGAAAAGAUGAAUUCAUGUAUCAACACCUAACAGUCAAGUUAGUCCUCGGUUAAACUGCUCAAAUUCCGAUGAACAGCAUUGUAAAUGCUUAGAUAUCUAGUGACAAAUGUGACAGCAACGUUUGAUUCUAUGAAAGCAAUUCUAAAUAUAUUUCAUGACAAAACGAAAGUUAAUAAGACUAUAAUCUCUUAUGGCAUACAGUUUCGUAUUAGUGAGUAUCUACACACGAUUCCAAAGUCACUAUUUGAAUAAACAGUAGUGCAUGUGCAUGUAUUUUUGAAAUAUUUAUCCAUCACUGUGUUGUAAAAUUUGUAUAAAAAUAAUAAAACGACACACACAUAUGAAAUAUCAUUAUUUUCAAAAAUGUUUUAUAAUUCCUUGUAAACAUACAAUACACGCUACUACAAUAACAAAUGCAGAAAUAUAAUACUAAUUAAAUGUAGAUUAUCAAAUUAUACUUUUUUAUAUAUAAUUACAGUUCCAGGUAAUUUUGGUAAAUUUUCGCUUGCGGAUAACAUAUAUAUAGUUUUAUUAUAUUAUUCUAUUAUAUAUUAAUAUUUCACUUCAACAUACAGAUACUAUUAACCUGGUUUUAGAACACAAUAAACGUAUGCUUUAGAGAAAAGCGUUAA